CGGGAUCUUUCCAGCUCGUAUAACCAGGGUAGUCGUCCGACCACCUUUUUACCCCCAGGCUUUACUUCACAGUUCGGUACCUAUCCGACGCUUGGUUAGCAGUCGGCCUUAUCGUCGCUUCGACACCCCAAUUCUCCCGAGCGGCCUGCGUUAGCUCUCGCACAUACUCUGCCCAUACAGUGACGGUCACCGUAUUUCGAUAUAAAGCCCGUCUUCGAAGCAUUGGGCACUCGCGGCGCUCGUACACACAGCAAAGAUGUCCACGCCGAGCGAGAUUGUUCCGGGUUCCAUCCCCAAAAAGACCAUCAGCGACAGGAUCCGGCGGCUUGUUUGGGCCUUCACAACCAAAGAGGGUAUCGUUGGGGACUACGACUAUGCGUUCCUCUUCCGACCUAAUCUUCCGUUCAUGAAGAAGCCUCGGCGGGCUUCACCAUUUUUUGGACUCAAUGAUCACAUGCCCGUUGUACUUGCGCUUUUACUCGGGUUUCAACAUGCUCUUGCCAUGCUGGCUGGUGUGAUCACACCUCCGAUUCUUCUCUCCGGGGCUGCCGGUGCCAAUUUCACUAUUGCAACCCAGCAAUAUCUCGUCUCGGCAUCUCUCAUUGUGUGCGGUAUCUUGUCUUUGAUUCAGAUCACCCGAUUCCACAUCAAAGGCACCCCGUACUUUAUUGGCACUGGUUUGAUCUCUGUAGUCGGAACCUCCUUCACCAUCAUUCCCAUAGCCCAGAAAGCUUUGGCACAGUUCUACCGGAACGGAACCUGCCCGAUUGCAGCAGAUGGCACAAAAUUGCCCUGUCCAAAUGGAUAUGGAGCAAUCCUUGGAACGGCAUGUUUGUGCGCUAUUCUCGAAAUCGGUCUCUCCUUCCUCCCACCGAAAGUACUCCGCAAGCUCUUCCCUCCGAUUGUCACCGGACCCACCGUCAUGCUCAUCGGUGUUCAUCUCAUCGAGACCGGUUUCCAGAACUGGGCUGGAGGAACCGGUCCCUGCAAGGAUCGUCCUGAUGGCUUCUUCUCCAUGUGUCCCAACAUCAAUGCCCCCCACCCUUUGCCCUGGGGAUCUGCAGAGUUCCUUGGCUUGGGUUUCUCGGUAUUCGUCACCAUCAUCCUGUGCGAAAGAUUUGGAAGCCCCAUCAUGAAGUCGACUUCUGUAGUGAUGGGCCUUAUGGUUGGUUGCAUCAUCGCUGGUGCAACCAAUUACUUUGACAAGAGCGGGAUUGAUGCGGCACCUGUUGCGAACUUCAUCUGGGUCGAGACCUUCAAGCUGUCAAUUUAUGGUCCUGCUGUAUUGCCUAUGUUGGCUGUGUAUAUCAUCCUGGCCUGUGAGGCUGUUGGUGACAUUUCAGCCACUUGCGAGGUUUCCCGGUUGGAUGUUGAGGGAGAGCUCUUCGACUCCCGCAUUCAGGGCGGUAUUUUGUCCGACGGGCUUGCCGGCAUCAUCGCUGGACUGUGCACCAUCACUCCGAUGAGUGUGUUCGCUCAGAAUAACGGAGUCAUCAACCUUACUCGGUGUGCCAACCGCAAGGCUGGUUUCGCCUGCUGUUUCUUCCUCAUUCUCAUGGGAAUCUUUGCCAAAUUCGCCGCCGCUCUCGUCGCAAUCCCCCAGGCAGUCUUGGGAGGAAUGACCACCUUCCUCUUCACCUCGGUCGCAGUCUCCGGAAUCAAGAUCAUCAGCACCAUGGCCUUCACCCGCCGCAACAGGUUCAUUCUUACUGCUGCGCUCGCUAUCGGUUAUGGUGCCACUCUCGUCACCAACUACUUCGAUUACUUCUUCACCUACGAAGGCGACAACCAUGCUCUUCGCGGAUUCCUGGACGCCAUCGAGAUCUUCAUGGCCACUGGAUUCGCAGUUACAGCACUCGUCUCCAUGGCUCUGAACAUGACUCUCCCCGAGGAGCUUGAGGAUAACGAGGCCGUCGACCCCGAGGAGAGUGAGAACUCGUUCCACAGUGGUGCGAGUAUUGGCGGAAAGGCUGGGCCGUCGGAGGAAAAGCGGAUGGCUUGAUUUGUUUUCGUGUUGUAAUGAACCAUAUUGGGGCUAAGGUUUGCGUUUUGCUGUUGAUUUCGGCCGUUUUUGUAAAUAUCCUGUCGUUGAUUGCAUGUGGUUGAUUUGUUGUAUGGUUUUGUGUGUGUGUUUACCCUCUGGAGUUGCAAUUGAUGCAUAACUUGUGGUGAAGGUGUGUAAUUGGUCAAGAUGAUUUGUUGUGGCGAAGGGAAGGAAAAGGAGGAGUGGAACAGAAGGAGCCGGAAUCCUAUAAGCGGGGGAUCUGCGCUUGCUGGGCACUUGGAACUUGUAAGGCCCGCUUCAGAGGGAUUUCUUGAUAAAAUCACAUGACAUCACUC